AAAACAAACAAAAAAAAAAACAUCCAAAAUAACCAUUAUAAGAAUACACCUUUGAUGCAAAUGAAGCUUGAACUCAACUAAAAGCAUGAAUGUUUUCAAAUGUUUCUUACGUAAAAAUGUGCUUUCUCUAAUAGUCAUCCUUUUAAUUAUUUGUAUACUCUGGUGCAUCCACUCAUUCUGGGCGAUCCACACCCUGAUGAGCAGAAAGCCGGGCGUGUCUAGAACGGUGGGCUUGCUCUUCACGUCCACGCUGGUCACCCCACGCGACACCCCGUGGGUUUUUCACGAGAAACUGGAGGACGUGAGAGCCAAAGGUUGGGUGGGGUUCAAAGAUCUGGUCACGACAAACUGCGAGCAGAUGUUCCGCACGCAGGUCAACAACUCGCAGUACGACCAGCAGGUCAGCCGCGUGUAUCCCACGGAGUACCUGGAGGCUUGCGCGAACUGCUCGAUGUUUAGGGAGGUGUACGGGUUUCUCCGCUACCCCCGCCCCACGGAGGAAGAGCUGGGGUUUCCGAUCGCCUUCGUUUUACUGUUUCACACGGACCUCGACCAGGUGAUGCUCCUGCUCCGUGCCAUCUACCGGCCCCACAACGUCUACUGUUUAAGCGUGGACACAAAGUCCAGCGUCGAGUUCUUGGAGGCGGUCAGAGCUGUGUCCAGAUGUUUACCAAACGUCUUCGUGGCCAGCAAGCUGGAGAACAUCGUGUACGCCGGCUUCUCCAGGCUGAUGGCGGACAUCCAUUGUAUGGAGGAUCUGCUUCUACAUCCGGUGCAGUGGAGGUACGUCAUCAACAUGCCUGGACAGCAGUUUCCGCUCAGAACAAACUUAGAAAUCGUUCGUAUUUUGAAAAUAUAUAAUGGCUCUAACGAAGUGGAAUCUACAGACAUGAUCAACAAUGACAGGUACCCAGAGAGAUAUAAAUGGAAAUACCGAUACCUUCGGAUGGCAAAAACGGGACGAAUACGUCUGUACCUAAAGAACGAGACCGCGGGCAAGCCACCCCACGGGCUCGAGGUGGUCAAGGGCAGCACGUACGGAACGUUCUCCCGAAAGUUUAUCCACUUCGCGCUGACCAGCCAGGUGGCCAAAGACCUGCUGGACUGGGUCAAGCCAAUCUACAGCCCGGACGAGUACUUCUGGUCCACGCUACAACACACAACUCUGAUGGAGGUUCCUGGUGGAUACAAAGCCUCGGGACCCAAGGCGAACAAACCGUACCUGAGUUCCUACACGGCCUGGCGCUACCUAGACCCGUGCCAAAACUUCUUCGUCAGGCACAUCUGUAUCUUCAGUCCGGCCGACCUGCCGCGGUUGCGAGACCGGAUGGAGCUCUACGUCAACAAGCUGUACAUUACGUCAUAUCCGGCCGCCCUUCACUGCCUGGACGAGUGGCUGGUCAACCGGACGUUUCACGGGACGACAGUAGACAUGGAUUAUUACCGGGCCCUUCCUUUCGUCAAAAAGUCAGCCGAAUAG